AUGUCCUUGAAGAUUUUCCUGGAAGAUGGCUGUAUAUAUGCACCAACGGGAUUUUUCUUAUUGGGAAAUAUUGACAUUCCAUUUGAAGAAAACUGCUUCAACCUGAACAGACUUUAUCCCAGGGUUGUCCAACACCUGGACAGGAAGAAUGGCUUUACUAGACUUUGUAAGAGUAGAAUGUCGCUUUCAGAAGACAAAUGGAGCAACUAUUGUUUGUCUUCCCUGGCUGCCCAGAAUAUUUGUACAAGCCGAUUCAACAUCAUGUCCCACUCAGAGCACUCGGACCUGACCGGCUCCAUAUGCAGCACAUCCUAUUGCUCCUUAGUGAAUAGCUUGCCUUCGAGGUCAUCCAUUCACUCCGUUGGCUCAUCUGUGUGUGCCCCCAAUAGAGCCAUAUUCAUAUUGGAUUUGAAGACAAUGAUGAUCCUCGUUGUCAAUGACCAAGCUUGUGAGCUCCUUGGAUAUUCCAGUAACGAGCUGAUUGGCCAGCCCUUUUCAUUGAUUUUCUCUAAAUCCAACCCUGUGAUAGAAGAGGCUUUAAGUAAUGAGUCUGGUGAGACUGAUGGACCGAAUGUCAUUGCUUUUGGGACAGUGGUGGACAUCGUCUGCUCCAAUAAGGAGAAGAUUCCUGUCUCCAUCUGGAUGAAGAAGUUGGAACAUGGUCCCUGCUGUGUUGCUUUGCUGGAGCCUGUGGAGAGAUUUACGGUUUGGGUCACUUUCCAGAGUGAUGGCAAGAUAAUAUCAUGUGACAGUCUUUUUACUCAAUUCUUUGGCUAUACAUCCUUGGAAGAAGUGGUUGGAAGAGAAAUAAUGAACCUGAUUCCUUCUCUCCGGAUGCCUCCCCCAGGCCAGCUGAUCUCAGAGGCUCUCAAGAUUCAGAGAUUGACUGGGAAAACCAAGGAUGGGAACACCUUCCCUCUGAGUUUGAAGCUGAGGUCUGAGGCACAAUGUAAGGAAGAAGAAGAGGGUCAGCUAGAACCUUCAGUUUUUAUUUACUCAGCUUCUCUUUGGAUUUUUACCACCAUCAGUGGUUUAAUCACGCUUCUGCCUGAUGGCACCAUCUACGGCAUCAACCACAAUUUUGCUCUAACAUUGUUUGGUUAUGAGAAGGGAGAGGUGCUGGGAAAGAACAUCACAUUUCUGAUACCUGAUUUCUACAACUAUAUGGACCUCAUAGAAAAUAGCUCUGUCCCACCACUCAAUAUUACUAACCCCGUGGACAGAAGAAAUGAGAAUAAGACUGGGAAAGGGAGAGAAGACGGCAAACAGAACUGGAAUCAAGCGGAUGUUCCUGAAGAUCCUGGUGUUAAUAUCUUGCAUUCUGCAAAUGAACUUAAGCAAAUUUUAGAGGAAGACCAGAAAGUAGCAGGACCCUUACCAGUCCCCAGUAAGAUUGAGGUCCCUUGUGAAAAUGAUGGGAACAGUUUGCCUUCUGCUUUACCCCCUGAAGACACAUCUACACCAGGUGUAGAUAGUCCCCCCACCCAAGAGGAGCAGCCCUUGCCUAUGAGAGCAUCUGAAGAAGAACCUGCAGAGACCAGGAUGGCUCCAGGUCAAGAUGCUGCUGGCAGUCAGAAGAACAUAACUGGUAUCUUAAAAAAGGAACAUAGUGCUCAUUCUAAAGGAGAUCCUAAAAAACUGAAUUCAGUUGUUAUUUUGGGAGAAUCCACUUUCCAAUCAAAGGUCUUGGAUUCUUCCUCUGCUUCUGAUCCAAAAGAAAAUACCUCCUCAGUGGGCCUGGCUAUUACUGAAGGCACAAGGGAUGAAGUGCACUCCUCUGAUAAGCAUCUUGUGCCUGAGACUUUAGACCCCCAGACAGCCCUUCUGCCUAAUGUGGAUGAGCAGAAGCCGAAUGCCGCAGAGGACAUCCAGGGAGGAUCAGCUCCCGAGGAUGCUUUUGCAGCCCAUAGCCCUCCAGGCUAUAACAAUAUGCAUUCCUUGGCAGACACAUUAGGAAAGCAAACACUGAAUGCUCAAGCAACUUCCACUCCUAUGAAAUUGGGAAAGGAACAGAUCCCUAGAAUUAGCCUCCAAAUGGAAAUUCUGGAAGGCACUUACACUGGGAGCUGCUAUCAUAGAGAUGGGACCAAGCUCAACAUACAGUUUGAGCUAAGGCACGUGGAGUUAAAGAGGCCUGCGGAUUUGUUCUGCUGUUGGGUGGUGAAAGACUUCUUCCCGAGCUCUCGGCAGGGACCGGCAGGAAGAACUCAGUGUCUGUUUUCCAGCUUGAAUGCCUCCUCGCACUCGUUACUGGAAGAGUCCAAGAUCAGCACCGGAGAAUUUAGAAAACAAAAAGAAAACAUCGACGAAUUCUUUCAGAGUAAAGAUUUAGGACUGAAGGCUUACGAUGGAGAAUACUCAAAGCAUUACAUCACCGUCAGGCCCAUCGGCAGUGGCGCCUUCGGCUUCGUCUGGAUCGCCAAGAGUAAGGAAGACAACAAGGAGGUUGUGGUCAAAUUUAUUAAGAAGGAGAAGGUGUUGGAAGACUGCUGGGUGACAGAUCCCAAACUGGGAAAAGUGACUCAAGAGAUUGCCAUUCUCUCCCAGCUCAAUCAUCCCAACAUCAUUAAGGUGGUGGACGUGUUUGAAAAUGAAGGAUUUUUCCAGUUAGUGAUGGAGAAACAUGGAUCUGGCAUGGAUCUCUUCUCAUUCAUUGACAACCAUCCUAGUCUGGACGAGCCCCUGGCGAGCUAUAUAUUUAGACAAGUGGUGGCAGCAGUGGUAUAUCUUCGGUCAAAAAACAUCACCCAUAGAGACAUAAAGGAUGAGAACAUCAUCAUUGGGGAGGACUUCACGAUUAAGCUGGUGGACUUUGGCUCUGCUGUUUACAUGGAACCUGGCAAAUAUUUCUACACUUUCUGUGGCACCAUCGAGUACUGCUCCCCGGAAGUUCUCAUGGGCCACGCCUACACUGGCCCAGAGCUGGAGAUGUGGGCCCUUGGGGUAACCCUCUAUACUUUAAUGUUUGAAGAGAAUCCUUUCAAUGAACUGGAGGAAGCCCUGGAGGCAAUACUGAACCCUCCCUUUUUGGUCUCCUCUGAGCUUUUGAACCUUCUCUGUGGCCUACUGCACCCCGAACCAGAAAAGCGCUCGACCUUGGACUUGGUGACACAGCACCCUUGGGUGACCCAGCCUGUGAACUUGGCGAACUAUUCCUGGGAGGAAGUGUGUCACGUCACUAUAGAAUCAGAAUGUAGCAUUUAGUCCUAAAGGAGUGAGAAGAGAUUGAAUGAAACAAUGAAAUGCCAAGAAGAAGGUGUUGGAGCUCUUGGUGACUUGGAAACAAUUUGACAAGGGGCUGAGAACCCUCCAGAGUUGAGCUCAUCACAGUAAGAAGACCCAA